AUGGACAAACCCAUCAACGGCGACAAGUAUGUCCGCACCCUCUCCCACUACCUUCGUCACAACCAGCGCCGUCUAGUCCCAACCGAAGCCGCUCCAACCAGCAACAAUGGCUCACCAAGGUCCAAUGGCGCCGCUCGCUCGCUCGUCACUCCCGCAGAUCCCAUGGCCGCCGCUUACUCGGGCAUGGUCAACUCGCUCUGGUCCAUGGGAUCCGCCGUCGUCGACGCCAUCACCCCAUCAGGAUCCGACCCUCCUCCUCCUGCCUCGCUCGCCCGAGAUCGCGACGCUUAUACAGGUGCCUGGGACGGGACUGGAUCAAUUGUCCCCUCGGCUACUAACCCGCGGGAACAACAACUCUAUCUCCAGGCCCAGCUCAAGGCGCCCAUCUUCCCAUUGGACCUUUAUUACCUCCUCUACCUUCUCGAGCGGUUUGAGCAAGAGGGCAUUGAGAUUGACGGGUGGGAUGGUGCCACGCCUCGCGCUGUAGGAGACUCCAAGCCUCGUGUCCUCAACAAUGGCAUGCCCAACUCUACGACUUAUUCGUCCUUCCCACCGCCCACCGCGACCCGACCGCAGUCUAUUCGUUCGUUCUCGUCUACAGCACUAUCGACCCUGACACUGAUUACUGGAUGGAAGCAGUGGUCCAAUGCGGCUUCCUCGACCUCUAACAGUAUGACCAUCGCGGACGACAUUAACUUUAUUCACCAGUUUCUGAAGAAGAUUACAGGACUUCGACUCGUCGCCAAGAUCCCACCAGGAUUGACCGCACCCGAAGGAACACCCGGAGGAGACAGAGGCAGGAUCGAAGGAUACAGUGGAGACGCCAUCUUGACGCUCUUCAACGCUGGUCAGUCGCACGAGCUCCCGUCUUCGUCACCAUCGUCUACAACCCAGGUCCUCCUCCCAAUGGCUGCUACAUUCUCGUCGUUGACACAUCUGGAGUUGCACAAGAUCCCACCGAAAUCGAUUGAGGGCUGGGAAUCGCUCAUGGCUCAAUUGAAAUCUCUUGUUAUCAUUCAGGCUGGAAUUGAGGACGUGUAUGAUGUCAUGGUCGCUGCUGUUGUUGAGAGCGAGAGACGUCGACGCCAGCGAGUGCAGAAGGAAAAGACCAGAGCGGUCUUGCUGCGACAGGAGCAACGCGAUGCUCUUCGGGAUGCCAACAGGGGUGGACAAGGGCGUCGGGCUGGUUCUGGGUCCGGAUCCGGAUCAUCUGGAACUUCAUCAGCCGAGAGCUCCAACCCAUCAUCGCCUGCCUUGUCGACUACCGGUGGAGGCGCCCUUGGGGAGGGCGAUUUUGCACUAGACGACCAAUCGAUUUUGAACACGACCAAGAUGUGGCCUCGCCUGCGCCAUCUCUCCGUCUCGGACAAUGCCCUGCCGGCACUGCAAAACCAGGACACGUUCUCGUACACCCAGGCGAUUGUCAGCUUGGAUCUCUCGCACAACUUGCUGAUCGCCGCACCCCCAGGCUUAAUUCACUUGCAUAACCUGCAUCAUCUGAACCUGUCGUACAACAUGAUUUCGAAUGUGCAGGCCAUCUACCAAAUUCUGGGCAACAUUGCAGUGCUGGACCUGAGAGGCAACCGAUUGGAGAGUCUCUGUGGACUAGAGCGUCUGUGGAACCUGGAGAAGAUUGAUGUUCGCGACAACCAUCUGGACGAGGCUGCCGAGAUCGGUCGACUUGCCGCCCUGCCAGGAAUUCGCGAGGUCUGGUCCGAAAAGAAUCCAUUCUGCACCAUCCAGCCGAAGCAUAGACUGGAGAUUUUGGCAGUAUUUAAGGCAAACGGACACGACCUGUUGCUGGAUGGAACUUUUGCGUCGUUCACUGAGAAGCGGUCGUUGACGAAUAUGAACCCGACGUCGUUCUCGACCACGAUUGCGAGCAUCAACAAUGUCAACCUGGCCAAUAUACCCGCAGCCUCGGCCCCCACCGCUACCCUGGCCAAGGAACUUCUCGACUCGCCUCCUCGCAUCACCCGACCGACUUCGGCGCUCUAUGGCAACAACACUAUCAGCAGCUUGAAUGCUACCGAUGCCCAUAGCGCGACAUCUCCACCAUCACUAGUCGCCGCCGCCACAUCACAGCAACGACCUAUCGCCACCAACAGUAACAGCUCUCCGAACGGGAAGUCCGGGAAGGAUGACGGAUUGACGGCCAUGUCCCCACCUGGCACAAAUCCUUCAUCCCCGCCCGCCAAGCUGAUCAAGAAGAAACUGGUUCGGUCGUCCAAGCGUGUCCAGAGAGUCGUCAACCUCGACAGUGAUCAUGACCAUUCUGGAGACGAGGAUGGCCAUCUCCACGAUGACCAUGAGGUUUUGGGCGCACCCGUUAUUCUGGAAAAGAAGAAGAAGAAGACGAUCAAGAAGAAGGCUGUGGAUGGCGAGGCUGCCGGCGAGGAAGGAGGAGAGAAGAAGACCAAGAAGAAGGUGGUCAAGAAGAAGAAGAGCCAAGGGUUGGUCAGCUUCGCAGGAGAUCAGAGUAACGGGUUCCAGGACAUGACUGCCAUCAAUGGACAGGACAACCACAACGGCGAUGAGGACGAUGGGAUUGACCAUUCUGAAUGCAAAGGCAACAGUCACGUCCACCGCCUCGCUCAAUUGGAGCAGUCUAUGGCCGGCAACCGGAUCUCGCAGCCUUCCCGCGGCAUUCUCAAGAAGAGUCCAACGGUCGUCAGUCACCACCACCACCACCACCACCGCGAUACCUCCUCGUCCCCUCCAGACCACUCUUACCUGAGGCCGACCUCUCCCACGGGAUCGUACAACUCGUUGUCGGACGACGGUGGCGCUGAGGCCUACCGCCGCAAGAUCGAGGCGAUGCGUAAUGAGGCUGGCAGCAACUGGCUCAAGGUCCUGGCCGAGAUGGAUAGCGAGACCGCCCUCCGCAAGGACAGUGAAGCCAACACCAACAGCAGCAACAACCACCAUCAGUAG